GAGACUCCAUUCGUGGACUCCUACUCCACCCCCUGAGCAGAGAAGAAGAAACGACUAAACCUCUGAAGUCUUUGUGAAGCAGCGCACAGUUUUGAGAGCUUUCAGAGAGCCAUGGAGUGUUUGUUUUUAGUGUUUUUGGGUUCGCUGCUGGUUCCUCUGCGGGCACAAAGCAGGACAAACUGCAAGCCCAUGACCUCCACCUUUUGUCAGGGUUUAGGGUACUCCACCACCCAACAUCCUACAGGAGCAACGGGGUACAACAUGCGGGAGAUCGGUCAGAUCGUGGAGACUUCGUGCUCUCCGAACGUGGCCGUGCUCAUGUGCCGGGUCGUGGUGCCGGAGUGCGGCUCGGAGGACGACGCUCGGAUGAGGCCGUGCCGAGCGCUGUGUGAGAAGGUGAGGACGGACUGUGAAGCUCCGCUGAAAGCCAAAAGGAUCAGCUGGCCGUCGAGGCUCCGCUGCGACACUCUGCCCGAGAACAACUGUGCGCCGGGUCAGGUCUCCAGCCCCGCUCAAACAUCGUUGCCUACAUGUGAGGAGAUCAGCGUGGCUCUGUGCCGGGACCAGACGUACACCGAGACUGUGCUGCCGAACCUCCUGGGCCACGCCUCUCAGGAGGAGGCCGGCCUGGAGAUAAACAAGUAUUCCCCUCUCAUCCAAGUGGGCUGCUCCUCUCACCUGAAGCCUUUCCUGUGCUCCGUCUACACUCCGAAGUGUGUGUCUGGAGCUCGUCGGCCUCCCUGCAGGACGCUCUGCGAGAAGGCCAGGUCGGGCUGUGAAUCCCUGAUGAACAAAUACAACAUCCUGUGGCCAGAAGCCCUGCGAUGUGAAGCCUUCACCACCGAGAGCUGCGAGAACAUUCAAGGUUUCCCUCAACCAUCGUCUGCAUCAUGUGAGGACAUCACCAUCCCUCUGUGCAGAAACCUUCCCUACUCUCAGACUGUGCUGCCGAACCUCCUGGGCCACGUCUCUCAGGAGGAGGCCGGCCUGGAGGUGCAUCAGUUUUUUCCUCUGGUUAAAGUGAGCUGCUCCCCUCACCUCCAGCCCUUCCUGUGCUCCGUCUACGCCCCUGAGUGUGUGGUGGGGACGCCGCGGCCCCCCUGCAGGACGCUCUGUGAACACGCACGCUCCAGCUGCGAACCUCUGAUGAAAAAGUUUGGUUUUGCGUGGCCAACAGCCCUCAGGUGUGAAGCCUUUACCACCGAGUCCUGCGAACACUAUGGAGUGGGCAGCAGUGGGGGGGUCUGUGAGCCGAUCACCAUCCCCAUGUGCCAGAACCUCUCCUACAACCAGACCAUCAGCCCCAACCUGCUGGGACACACCAGUCAGAGGGAGGCGGUGGGGAAGAUGUCCUUCUUCAACGCCAUGGCUCAGUCCAUGUGCCCCGUGGACGUCCGCCUGUUCGUCUGCAUGGUGUACGCCCCCAAGUGUUCGGGAGGGGAAGUGCAGCGGCCCUGCAGGUCCUUCUGUGAAAGAGCCAAGCGGGGCUGCGAGGGGACGAUGGCCAGCUUUGGGGUUUCCUGGCCAAACGACCUGCAGUGCAACGCUUUCCCCGAGCAAAUGUGUGUAUCGGAAGACAGCCGGCCAGAUACGCUGGAUGCUGAAGGAGUUCUCGCUAAGCUGAACGCCGGGGGCUACACCGUUCGUGGCAAUACCCUGACUCUCAAGACAGCCCGUCUCCUGUUGACCCUCAUGGACGCAGACCGGUCUGGAGACCUGAAUGUGGUCGAGGUCUUCAAGAUGGAGCACUAUGCGGCUCUUGUCAGGCGGGAAUAUGUGGAGAGCUACGAGAGCAGGAACCCGCCCUCCGUCCCUCAAAGCCAAAUGAAAAGGGCUUUGUCCGCCCAUGAAUUCGACUUGGACGAUGAAACCUUCAUAGUUCUGUGGAACGGGAUCCGCUCCAGAGACGGGAUCGAAUACGACGAGUAUGUGGCCGUCAUGACCAAACUCCUGAUCCUCAGAGAUCGUUUCAAUACUCAUCAGCUGAGGUUACCGUGUGACUGCCAGGUGGCCAGCUUCUCAUACAAGCAGUUCAUGAAAUCAGCCAUAAUCUGAGGAUCAAAUGGAAGCUGAAUGGAUCACAGAUGCUAAGAGCUGUCAUUUUAUGUCCUACAUUCUCAAGUCUUCAUCCUUCAAGGAGACAUUAAACACUGAGAAUAAGUUGUUGAGAGUUCAAGAUUUUCUUAUCAAUGUCUUAAGUUUGUGUUUUUUGGUUAACGUGUUAAUUCUGUACAAUGACUUCCCAAUUACAAUAAAAGCGAAUUGGUUGAAA